AUGAAAGCCGUUCUUUCACUCACAGCCCUCCAGCUGCUGGCCAGCUACGUAACAGGUCUCCCGCUGCAGGACAGCUCCUUGGCCAAGAAUAUCAAGCGCCAAAACACCAGCUCAUGGAACCCUCCCUCUGAACUCGUGACCCCUCUCAACGAGGUAUGGGAACACGAGAUGUCAACCUACAGCGACCCCCUCGGAUUCCGCAACUACGGAUUCGACCAAGUAAUCGACGGCAAGGGCAAAAUCAACUACUGCGUGCGCUGGGACUCAACCCAGUCUGUGACCCAGGCACAGCGCGAACAGGUCGAGACUGCCGUCCGGCGGUCAUUCAACAAGUGGAUUGGUGAACUGGCCGGGUUCGACGGGUUCCCUUACGAGACGGUGGAUGUCAAUGUGGUCGGAUGGGCUGUCAAGGAUAAGGGUCUGUUGCAGGGCGAUACCUCGGGUAUUGAGGUGUAUACUACUACCGAUGAAGAGGGAAUUCCUCAGUGUGAUCCGGGCUGUGGACGUUUCUUUCAUCAGGAUAAUGACUACAGCGCUUGUGCUGCUGGGGCGGAUCGUCACUAUGACCAAAGCCUGUGGCUUACUGAUGGUUUCGAAGGCGGCGCUGGUGGUGACUGGGGCCAGCGUAUUGGUCAAGAGUAUUUCAUGCAGAACCUCGAUCUCGAGGAUAUCCACAUUCUGCUGCAUGAGAUGGGCCAUACUUUCGCUUUGGAUGAUUUCUAUGACUGGACCCCUACUGGCCAGACUAGCUUCAUCAUGCUGGCUGGUAGCGCGAUGAAGAUUACUGAGUUUGACGCUUGGAUGGCAAGGGACUGGUGGCGCCAUCUCAAAUCCCGCUACAGCCUUUGA